AUGGAUUCUGAAUUACAGCGAUGGAUUCAGGAGAAUACAAGCUCGAAUGUUACCGAGAAGUUUGUGGCGACUUUGAAGCAGAUAGCACGGCUACACCAAGACAUCAAUAAGUUUAUUGGGGCUGCUAAGGCUCUAGGGAAAUUCAAGAACAAAGAUGACUUUUUGAAGGAACUUUUUACGAAGCUUCGAGAGGAACAAAAUGAGACGAAGGGAAGUGCAACUACGGCUGCACCAGCGUUGGCAGCUGCACCAACAGCGUUACCAGAGCCAAGAAUUAAGAGGAAGAAGUUUGCUGUGAAAUUUUCGAAGCCAGAUGAUGAUUAUGGAGAAAAGGAUGAGGAAGAUGAUGAAGAAGAAGAGCUAGGGAUAAGUAUUAAGCCUAAGUUCAAGAAACGGGUAUUUCCGGGCAAAGUUAAAGCAGGUGGUUCAACGCAAGCUGUUGUUAAGCCAGAUCCGGAAACAGAAAGAGAAACAUCAUUGGAUGUCAAUGAUACGAAUAAUAGCGAUUUAGAAGAUAUAAAGGACGACCAGGACUUUUUGUCGCAGGAUAGAAAUUGGUAUGAUAACAACGAUAGUUUCGAGAAUGUGAUCCAGACUGGUAUAGAUGACGCGGUGGCAGGGGAUUUGUCUCGUGAAGAUCCCCAUGAUCAUGAUGAUGGAGAUGCAGAUAUGAUAGAACCUGAGAUCCAGUUAAGAUCGCUAACUUUGAAGGAGAGAAAGUCUUUAAUUCCGCCAUUUUUGUUGGAUUUCCACGACCAAUAUGGAGAACAUGCGAUAAUUGGGGCCAUGGAUGCCUCCACUUCGGCAUCUAACAAGAAUAUUGUGAACCCCAUCAGAAACCCCGAGAGUGACUUCUCGAUCAACUCUAGAAAGGGAAGCAAGUUGGUGGCUAUGAGACGAUUGCAGAAAGAUCGGAAGACUAAAUCAGCGAAUGCUGCAAAAUUACAAGGCAGUGCAUUGGGCUCUUUACUAGGUGUCGAGGAUGGCACUACGGAUACAGAUGAAAAACCCACUUCAUCUGUGAACCCACAGAUAGAUAGCUCCGAAAAGGAGCAGAGCUUUGAACAGAUACAAGCUAUCAGAAGAACUUUGCCCGCUUUCAAAGUACGAGAUGAUCUAUUACGCUUUAUAAGAGAUAAUCAAGUCACAGUGGUCAUAGGAGAGACUGGUUCGGGUAAGACUACGCAAUUGGCCCAGUUUCUUUAUGAAGAUGGGUUUUCAGCUAAUGGAAGCAUGAUAGGUUGUACCCAACCAAGGAGAGUUGCAGCAGUAUCGGUUGCGGAUAGAGUAGCGAAAGAAAUGAAUACUCCUCUUGGUGAGAAAGUCGGUUAUUCGAUCCGUUUUGAAGACCAAACUUCUAAUUUGACGAAAAUUAAAUUUAUGACUGAUGGUAUUCUUCUUAGGGAAGCAAUGAUCGAUCCAUUGCUGGAGAAAUAUUCUUGUAUUAUUAUGGACGAAGCUCAUGAAAGGUCAUUAAAUACAGACGUUCUUCUAGGAAUCUUCAAGACAUUAUUGGCCAGGAGAAGGGAUUUGAAACUUAUAGUAACUUCAGCGACUAUGAAUGCAGAUAAAUUCUCACAAUUUUUCGGAAAUGCUCCCCAGUUCCAUAUUCCAGGAAAGACAUUCCCAGUGGAAAUAAAUUAUACUAAUCAUCCUGUUUCAGAUUACGUCGAAGCAGCAGUUCAUCAAGCAUUAGACAUUCAUUUAUCAACACCUCUAUCAAAUGGAGAUAUAUUAAUAUUCAUGACAGGUCAAGAAGAUAUUGAGGCUACAUGUGACACUAUCAUUGAGCGACUCACAGAGAUUUAUACAAAAAAGUAUGGAGCUGAAUUUGAAUCGCACAUGAAUGACGUGCGCGUUCUUCCAAUAUAUUCAUCAUUGCCAGCGGAUGUGCAGAAUAGAAUAUUUCAGAGGCAGCAAGAAAAUACUCGUAAGAUUGUGGUAGCAACUAAUAUAGCAGAGACUUCGUUAACUGUUGAUGGUAUAAAGUAUGUGAUAGACUGUGGAUAUUCCAAAUUAAAAGUUUACAACCCUAAAAUAGGACUUGAUAGCUUGAGAAUAACACCUAUUUCUUUGGCUAAUGCUAAUCAGCGGUCCGGAAGAGCAGGGCGUACGGGACCCGGUGUUGCUUAUCGUCUCUACACUCACGAUAGUGCGAUUGAAGAUAUGUACCCACAGGCAAUACCAGAAAUUCAAAGAACUAAUUUAUCAAACACGCUUUUACAAUUGAAGUCCUUAAAUAUCAGCGAUGUGUCCAAAUUUCCGUUCAUCGAUGCACCUCCUUCACAAAAUUUGAUGACUUCAUUGUACGAUCUCUGGACCUUAGGUGCUCUAGACAACUUUGGAAACCUAACCAAAUUAGGUAGAUUAAUGAGCUCUUUCCCCUUGCAACCUUUCUUAUCGAAAAUCUUGAUUUGCUCGUCGGGAUACGGCUGUACCAAUGAAAUGUUGACAAUUGUGUCUAUGCUUUCUGUGCCCUCAGUAUUUUAUAGACCUAAAGAACGAGAAGAAGAAUCUGACCAAGAAAGAAGUAGAUUUUUUGUGCCGGAGUCUGAUCAUUUGACAUUAUUGAAUGUCUACUCUCAGUGGAAAGCUAAUAGAUGGUCAGCACAUUGGUGCAAUUCGCAUUUUAUUCAAUAUAAAUCCUUGCAGAGGGCAAGGUUUAUCAGAGAACAAUUGUUGUAUGUCAUUAAAAAACAAGGGCUUCCUAUAUCAUCCUCUGGUGCGGAUUGGUCUCCGAUUAGGAAAUGUCUAUGCGCAGGUUACAUAAACCAGACCGCUAAAUUGUCAGGUCUAGGGAAAUAUAUUCAUCUAAAGACCGGAAUGGAGUUAAGAAUACAUCCUACAAGUGCGUUGUUUGGCGUUGGUGAUUUACCUCCUUAUGUUGUGUACCAUGAGCUCUUGAUGACAACGAGGGAGUAUAUUAACGUUGUCACUGCUGUAGACCCACUAUGGGUUAUGGAAAUUAGUGGUAUAUUUUAUCACAUCAGAAGACGUAAGGAAAAGGCGGACGUCAGUAACUCCAACCCGCCUGACGGUAAAGACAGCAUCGAUACACAAAUCGAAAAAUUACAAGAAAAUGCCCAGAAGGCUAUCAAACAAUUACAACAAGAUAAAACAACGUUUGAGUCGCAAAGAAAUAGCCAAAAACUGAUUCUCGAAAGCGACGACAGUUUCGAGGAACAAGAACAACCUUCAGUUCGGAUAGGAAUCAAGAGAAGGAAACCAUUGUAA